UCCGGUUUAUUUUUAUCCCGAAUUUGCUGUGCGGGGUCCAUCACGUCGACACAGGUUUGUAGAAAAUCUAUCUGUGUCACUAGACAGGAAAGGUGAUGGAGUUGGAGGCUUCUACUUUAGCGGAGAUCCCUGCAAGGGUGAAUAAAAUCAUCGUAGAAGGCAUUAAGAAGACGAAGGAUGAUUUCAUACAGAAGAAACUUGAAAGUAUAUUUACAGCAAGUACAGUCGAGGAGAUGCUGUUGCUGUGUCAGUCAGCGAAAAUGGAUCUCAGUCGGAUGAACAUCUUCAAAUCGGUCCAAAUCAAGAUAGACACAACAAAAAAUGUGGAUGAAGACGACAGAUAUGAUGUGACGUUUCAUAUGAAGGAGAAGCGCUGGUUUGGUGGGGGAAUUCAUGCCACAUUUGGUGGAGAAAACAAUGCUACAAUGGUCAGCCGCCUACAGUUUCCCAACACGUUUGGUCGAGCAGAGAACGUUGCCCUGGAAUACAACAAAAGUCUGAAGGGGGACCACGGAGGGGCGCUCCGCUUCUCCAAACCAUUAAACGGCAACCCGGAUGUCAGGUUUUCUACAUCUGUAUACAAAAUGAACUUAGAGUAUCCCUGGAGCGGAUUCAAAGAAACAUCAAGGGGUGUCAACUUUGAUUUCACAUUUCCCUCAAAUUUUGGUGACCACUGUUUGCGAUGGGAGGGUGUCUGGAGAGAUUUACGGACCAUGAACAGGUCAACUUCCUUCACAGUCAGAGAACAAGCCGGCCAUUCCUUAAAGUCCAGUAUCAAACACCAGUUCACACGAGACGAGAGAGACAGCCCCAUCUUACCUAGUCGCGGAUCACUCAUCAAAAUGGAGCAGGAAUUUGCAGGUCUUGGAGGAAAUGUGGAAUUUUUUAGACAUGAUAUGGAAUUGCAGUUUAACAAAAAAUUGAUAUUGGACAGUGUCAUUCAGUUGUCCCUGGCCGGAGGGAUCAUGAAGAACCCCAACCCUAACACCGAGAUACGCAUCAACGACCGCUUCUUCCUGGGGGGUCCGCUGACUUUGCGAGGGUUCAACACCAAGGGUGUGGGUCCUCAUAGCGAGGGGAACGCUCUGGGUGGUGACGUCUACUGGGCCAGUGGCCUACAUUUGUACACACCCCUCCCAUUCAGGCCAGGCAAAGGCGGAUUUGGCGAUUUCUUCCGCUCACAUUUCUUUGUAAAUGCUGGGAAUGUUUAUAACAUACAGACAGAUAAACCCAUCAUAGAAAACUUACGUGGGCUAUCUGAGGAGUUCCGCCUGGCAUAUGGAGCGGGCAUUGUGCUGAUGAUGGGCAACAUAGCCCGGCUAGAGCUUAACUAUGUGGUGCCCGUCAGAGCCCAGACUGGUGACAGUAUAAAUUCGGGUUUGCAGUUUGGCAUUGGAGUGACCUUUCUGUGAUGGAGUGAAGUCAUGUGAUCUUCAUGGGAUUAUUCAUUGUGACAUUAUACCGGACAUAAGGAUAAAUGUGUGUGUUGAGAAAAAAGACAGAAAAUAAACGGGAUGACUUGGUUAUUGGUGCCUUUUUUUAAUGCCCCAACACGGUUACACCCCACGGAUAUGUUUUAUAGAAUGAAAUAAAUGCUUAUUGAAUAUUA